AUGAGACCAGCAGAAUUUUGUGCUUGUGUGGCUGUCUUAGCCACUGUCAUCUGCUUACCGGGGCUGAGAUCUUCCAACGUUCACAAAUGGCAAAGAAGAAACAUGCAAAUAUUUGAGGUUUCUACUGAAAAGCCAGAAAGCACCACAAGCUAUAAUGAGAACAGUAAUGAGGUGAAAAGUGCCACGGAGAUCAAUGGAGAAACAGCAAGUUCUACUGCUUUUAGUAAUAUGUUAAGGCCUUCAUUAGAAACAUUAACUGCAGCAAUAACUUCUAGCAUUGCCAAUAUAAAAGAAACAAAACAAAUCAAUAAGUCAGAAAAUGAAAAUGUAAUCACGAUGACCAGCCUUGAUAUAUUACCUACAGUUAGAACAAUGGUGCCAUUUCAAAAACAAUUUAAUACAAGUACUAAAGAUGAUGAUUGGAAUAAAACUGUACAGUCUCAGCAGAAAGACUUUUUAACAGUCUUAGCUACAAAAUCCUCUUCUGGUCAAGGCAUUGAUGACAGCAAAGUUAACGAUACUGUUUACACGACAACAACAGCAACACAACAUAAUCAGAAAGCUGAAGGAACAAUGGAGAAUAAGAAACAAGUGCCAGAGCAGGUUACAAUUUCAACUGUUUUUAAUGGGAUCACCAAAAAUGAAAGUGGUGUUGAGACAACCAGGACCACUGAUUCAGGCAAUGAGGUCUUUACGCUAAAUAGUCACGACACUACAGCUUUGCCUCUUACAAGUAAAACAAUUCUUACUGUAAAUACAACACACAAGGAUGCCACAGUAUUGACUUCAGAAAUGUUAAAUUUCUCAGAAUUCACAAAUGCAAAUGUUGGAAGUUUCAGAAAUGAAGAAGUAACAACAACAACAACAAUAAUCAGUGAACCAGAGGGUAAUUACUUCAGCUGGAAUAUAAACAGUCCAAGUGCUGAGAAGGAAAUUAAUGAAAUCAUGGCAACCACGGUGGGUGCGGUAACAGACAGCAAGGCACCCAAUACAUUUCAGGUGACUACGACAUCCAGAGCUACAACAUCAAUUCAGGGGGCUGCAAUGACGGAGUCAGUCUCAUCAGCUUCUCAGGAAACAGUGUUGAAAACUACUCAGACUGUGCAAGUAUCCAGCACAGAAGCUAUAAUUGGGACUACCAAAAAUACAUAUAAGGGAUUGAGUUCAAGGUUGCCAACAACAAGUGGAAUUCCCACUGUGAUAUCUGCUUUGCCAACAACACAUUUCCCUCAGAAACCUGUCUCAGAAGCAGUGAACACAAUUCCCACAAAAGAAAUUGCAUCUGUAACUCCUACAGAAACAAUGCUGCUGAGUGCUGAAGCAGUGAGUACAAACAUAAACCAGGCAGUUACAGGAGACAUCGGCGCAAAACAAACCACACCAAGGAAAGAUAAGAAAAUCUCUACAACAGCAUCUGAAGUUUCAGAAAGAACACUGCUUCUGUUACUGACAACCAUUGUGCCAUCUGUAGAGCCCACAGCACCACCAACAAACACAGCUGGGGAACUCGAAUCAGAAGUACUGACAAGUGCUAGUGAUUUGCCACAACAGAAGUCAGUAGAACCAAUUGGAAAAAAAGUAUUUGCCACAACAGCGACAUUAAGCACCGAAGCCAAUGAUACAAUCCUGAAAGCAUCUGCCACAAAAGCAAUGGGAAUGACUAUGGUCAAGCCUUCUAUCACACCACCUGAGUUAAGAGAUAACACAUGGUCAUCCUUAGCAACAACUUUAGCACCAUCUUUGAGUGACACAGAACCACCAAUUUAUACAUUGGACACAACAGAGUCAGAAGAGUUAGAUGAUGAUGAUGAUGAUGAGGAAGACUCCGAUGAAGACAGCAUGGAUUAUGAAACGGAAGUGCCUUCGCUCCCAUAUGUAACACCUGGCGGGCCCAUAAGAGUCAACCGAAACUUGACAAAAAUGAUGGAGAUGUCCUAUCAGCUUCCAGAUUCCUUUGAGUGGAACCAGCAUGAUCAAGGCUACAUGCUGGAUUAUAAAAUCAAGAACCAGCAAAAAUCCUUACAGAUAUCGCAUGAACUCCAUCAGUCUUCCAGCUAG